UAUGUUCUACUAGUCAGUAAUUAAUUAAGUUGAAAUAUUAUUAAAGUAUUUAACUUAUUAAUUGUAUUUAUUAUUAUAUUUCUAUAAAAAUGAAUUCCAAAAUAUCAAGUUUCCUGAAAAUGGCAAGAAUCAUGCGACCACAUAAUGUGCGUACAGCCACCACAUCGUCUACUGGAGCAUUAUUGCCUGAACCACAAAAAAUUCCUUUUGGGCUUGUGGGUAUAAUUUUCACGGUAGUCCCGGGGUUAUUAAUUGGAGCCACCAUAAGUAAAUAUAUGGCCAAUUUUCUAGAAGAAAAUGAAUUGUUUGUUCCAUCAGAUGAUGACGACGAUGACGAUUAAAAGUAUUUGAUAAUUGUUAUUGUUACACUUUGAAUUUUAUCUCGUAAUACCUAAUUGUUAUUUAAAUUUUUACUUGGCCCUUAUAUUCUUUUGCCUUAAUGUUAUUGAACUAUUUAAUUGUAUUUACAUCUAAUCUCUCCCUAUUAAUUAUUUAUAGUAUUAUAAAAAUA